AACAAGUGCGCAGGGACGGAAGGGGGCGAAGGGAAUAGUUCUCUUCCGCCUUUCCAAUCUCUGGGCAGUGACGUCACCAAGAUCUGCUCUGGAACGGGAAGUACAGGACUCUAGUGAGCUUUCUGUUUGGCGUGUAAAAUUUAAGGCGGGGCAUAGAUAAUGGACUACAAUUCCCAUAAUCCAGAGCUUCAUCCAUAGUGACCGUUUAACUGACAACGCUGAGAAGAGGGAACAUAUCGUUACAGGGACCAGUAAUGCUGGUAGUCAUUGUGAAGUAAAGGAAAAUGAUUUAUUUGCAGUUGCAUGAUACCACUGUAGCAACACACCUGGCUGAUCUACAGAAAAAACCCCAGCUACUAUGGCAGUGGCACAUUUGGCUUGUGACAGUCAAGGUUCUGUGGUUGAUCUCUCUGGGCAAGGGCUUCAAAAACUGAGCCCCACACUUCCUUUUGGGAAUGACACACAAACUCUGAUUUUGGACAAAAAUCAAAUAAUUAAGCUUGAACAUGUGGAAAAAUGCAGGAAUCUAGUACAGCUCUCCGUAGCCAACAAUCGUCUUGUAAGGAUGAUGGGUGUUGCAAAAUUAAUACAUCUCCGAGUACUAAACUUACCACACAACAGCAUUGGGUAUGUCGAAGGACUGAAGGACUUGGUUCAUCUGGAAUGGAUUAAUCUUGCGGGAAACAAUUUGAAGAUAAUUGAUCAGAUAAACAGUAGCACCUCCCUUCAACAUCUGGAUUUGUCAGACAAUAACAUAUCUCAAAUUGGUGACCUCUCCAAGCUAAAAUCUCUGAAGACUUUGCUUCUUCAUGGUAACAAUAUUGCAUCUUUACGUGCAGCAUCUGCUUGUCUUCCUCAAAGCCUCACUAUACUUUCAUUGGCAGAAAAUGAAAUCAGAGACUUGAAUGAAGUAGCAUUCCUUGCUGGCCUUGUCUAUUUGGAACAGUUAUCAAUAAUGAACAAUCCUUGUGUGAUGGCCACACCGUCUAUACCAGGGUUUGACUACAGACCUUUUAUUGUCAGCUGGUGCUUAAAUCUUAAAGUUUUAGAUGGCUAUGUUGUCUCCCAAAAAGAAAGCUUGAAAGCAGAAUGGCUAUACAGCCAAGGCAAAGGAAGAUCGUAUAGGCUUGGCCAGCACAUUCCAUUAGUCCAGUACCUGGCAACUGUGUGUCCAUUAACUUCCGCACAUGGACUCCAGACAGAAGAGGAUGCAAAGCUGGAUAAAAUAUUAAGUAAACAGAGAUUGCACCAGAAGCAAUUAUUGCAUCAAACGCGCAGUGAUGGCUACCUCACCUCAUCUACUCCAAAUAAAAGGUUACCACUGUCUACUGAACAUCACAGUCCAACACAUGUAUUACAAACUGAACCCACAGUACAAGUAAAUAACUGGCUCAGGUCAAGCAGUUCUGAGGAUCACUCAUACGCUGUUAGAAAUAUCUGCUCCAGUCCUUUCGGUCCACCACAUUACAGUAGUCUUUAUAUGGAAGACAUCCAAACAGAUGAAGACAAACUCAACUGCAGUCUUCUUUCCUCAGAAUCUACCUUUAUGCCUGUUGCUCCAGGCCUUUCUCCUGUCUCACCAACCGUAGAGUUAAGGGUUCCAGCCAUAAAAGCUGACCUGCCAGUCAAUGAAACUGUGAUUGAGUUUAACAAAGACCACACUGAACUGCCCCCCUCUGAAACUCCAGAAAAGCCUAAGUUAAUUCCAGGUCUAUCAGCAAUGCAAGAUGAUAAAUCAUGCUGUGUCUAUCCAGUUAUCAAAGAUGAGAAUGUAACCGAAAAUAUUAUUAAUUGUGAAACUGCGGUUAGUAUGGAAAGUACUCAGACAUCAAAUGGCCCAACAUGUCACAAUUUAAUAAUGAAUUGUAAACAGGCUUCUGUUCUGGAUCAAGAUGUAAACCACAUAAAUAAAAUAAGCAAAGCUGCUACAAAACUUCAGUCCUGUUGGAGAGGUUUUUAUGCAAGAAAGUACAACCCAAAAGUUAAAGAUGUAUGCUAUGAAAUCCGACUUAGCAGAAUGCAAGAGCACAUAGUAUUCUUGACAGAAGAAGUAAUUAGGCUAAGAAAAGAGAAAGAAGAGGACCGAAUACAAAGAAUUUUGCAAGGGGAAGCUGUGAGGUACCUAUGGGAACAGGUACAAGCCAUACAACAAUGGCAAAAUACAGUAAAAUUGCAAACUGCCAACAGCUCUGAGAAUGAUCUUCCAUCAGCCAGUAAUUCAAAGCAUGCCAAUCCUGCUUUGGAAGAGUUGCCUUCCAGCCCUGAAAAACUGAAUAGAAAAGCAUCACCAGAUAUCCCAGACUCUGGUUUUCACUCUGUCAUAUUAAAUCACUGCACCAUGGGUAAUACUGAAAAAAACUCCUCUGAGGAAAGUGAAUAUUCCCAGCCCUCUCUGGAUACUGUUCGCCAUUACAACGACAAGGUGCCGGAUAGCCCUGCAGAUCAAGAUUUGACUCGAGAAGAGCAAAGCCAAAGCAGCAAAGAUAGUUUCACCAGUGAGCAGGACAGCAGUCUACUGCAGCAGUAUCUAAGGUCUGUUGAGCAGCUGGAUGAGACUGCAGAUAAUACAAGCUACAGUGAAAGGACUGAGGAAAGCAGACCUGAAAUUACCACAUGUUCAGACAAUUCCGACUUAUCCUGCAGCAUCUCUCACUUUUUGCCUGAAAACAGCAAGCAGGAAAACAUUGAUAUACAUAGCAAUUUACCUUCUAUAGAUGAUGGACAUAACACACCAAUACCAUGUGAUUCUAGUUUACUGGUGCCACAGCCAGACUUAGUUUAAGUAUCUGUGUGCCAGCAGAAUUGGUUUAUUUUCUUUAGUGUGGAACUGAAUUCGAAAAUCGCUUCUACUGUUAUGCACUUUAAAUUAUCACAGCAUUAUCCUGAAAGCACAUCAUGCCAUCUUUCUGUCCAAUAAAUUCUGUGUUUAUCUACAA